AAAAGUGCGAGUUGCUUCAAUUAAGAUAUCAGUUAGCUGACACUUUUUAGAGGCACACGCACGGAAGGCAGAUCCAAACGUUUUGCGAUGGCAGCUAAGUUCUUCACCCUGCUGUUCUUGGCCCUGUUUGCCGCCGGCCAAGCGGAGUACAACUACAACGAAAAGGCGGCCAAGGCGGUCAACUCCCUGCAACGCAGUGCAUCCGGUAGUUCUGGAGAGGAUUUCCUGAGCGACUACCACACGCCCAGCAACAAUGCCCUCAACUCGCAGGCCACUCCCGAGGGCUAUGACUACUUGGCGCCCACCAGAAAUCAAUUCUCCGCCGGCAGCCGGGCGGCCAGUGCUCAGGCCUCGAAUCUCCUCCAGAAUGCGGCCAGUGCGGCCAAUGCCGAAUCCGUUCUGCUGCCCUCACCGCUGCCCAUUCUACGCCAGGAGCAGAACUCCGAGGUGGUUUCCGCCGUCCAGCAACAGGAUCAGAAGGUCGUCUCAGUUCCAGCCACUCAGCAGCAAAGCCAGGAUGCCGUGGUGGUCUCAUCCGUCGUGAGCCAACAUAAGGAGCCCGAGGUCUUCCCGCCCGCCAGCUACAGCUUCAACUAUGCCGUGAAUGACGAGACCACUGGAGACAUCAAGGAGCACAGCGAAACCCGGGAUGGCCAUGUCGUCCGUGGUUUCUACAGCCUCAUCGAUCCCGAUGGCUACAAGCGCACGGUCACCUACACGGCCGAUGAUGUCCAUGGCUUCAAUGCGGUCGUCAACCGAGUUCCCUAUGCUCUCAAGGCGGUGGUGGUUCCAGUGGUCUCCCAAGGUGCGAAGCCCACUCCAUUUGUGGCUCGGGAUGAGCGCUCCAAGUCCGUGGAUCUCAACGGAUCCUCGGGCGCUGCUUCUCUGGAAAGUGAGGUAAGAUCGGGAACCGUUUCCGCUUCCGGUUCGGGUUCGAGCUCGAGUUCGAACGCUAUUUCGGGAUCUGGUAACACCGUUUCCGGUUCCGGGGUGACCAACACCUUCGCAGAGGACAGCUACGCCAAUGCCCCCCGGGGACUCGACGCCUCUGGCGGUCCCUACGCCUGAGUUCUGCUCCUCGGCUACGCACUCCUUGUAUAUUCCAUCAUCGUGCUUCAUCUGUUAAUAGUUUUUUCAA